CCCCACGCAGGAGUACCCUCCGCGUUCGCCUAACUGCAUCCGGGGAGAAACAGCCUGAGACAUUUAUAGAGAGAGAGAAGACUAGAGAGGGAUAGAUAUACGGAAAUCAUUUUAGAGAGAGAAAAGGGGCAGGGGAAAUCGAUCUAUGCAACCGAAGCAAAACGCAUCGGUCGGAUCAUUGAUAGAAUUGGACCGUUUUUCCGGCGAUUAUGAGCUGGUUUGAUAAGCUACGGUGUUCAUCUAGUCUUAGCCGGUUUAUCGCCGGCCUUAUGCUCUUUCUUUUAUAUCAUUCAUUCCAAUUAAUUUCGAAUUUCUUGCUUCCUAUACACCCGUAAACUUUUAGUUUUAAGAUUAUCUUUUAGAUCAGAGAAAUUUGUUUUCUGUUGAAAUUUGGUUGGUGGCGUUCUCGUGAAUUUAGCUCAAGUUCAUUCGACCGACAAAAAAACAAGAGUUAUUGAACUAUUUGCCGACUUGUUUCCGUCGUUCACUUGGAAUCUCAUGGAAGCUACAGAUGAUGAUGAUUCUUCUUCUUUCCCCGGCUAUUUGCUGGACGGUGCUUUUUCCCCCCGAAUUGACAGGCGACAAAGUUCACUCCCUUCUGUGAUUGUAAUUGGUGGGGGUAUUUCUGGGAUCGCUGCUGCUCGUAUCCUACAGAAUGCAUCUUUUAAGGUGCUGUUGUUGGAGUCACGCGAUAGAAUUGGUGGGCGCAUACUCACUGACUACUCAUUUGGUUGCCCAAUUGAUAUGGGAGCAUCGUGGCUUCAUGGUGUUUGCAAUGAGAAUCCUUUGGCUCCUCUAAUUCGCCGUCUAGGGCUUACUCUUUAUCGUACCAGCGGUGACAACUCAGUGCUGUAUGAUCAUGAUUUGGAAAGUUAUGCACUAUUUGACAUCAAAGGCCAUCAAGUUCCUCAACAGACUGUUAUAGAAGUUGGAGAAGUAUUUAAGAAAAUCCUCAAGGAGACGGAUAAAGUGAGGAAUGAACACACUGAUGACAUGUCUGUUUCGCAAGCCAUAUCAAUUGUGCUGGAUAGGCAUCCUGAACUGAGACAAGAAGGGCUUGCCCACGAAGUGUUGCAAUGGUACAUAUGUAGAAUGGAGGCGUGGUUUGCUGCAGAUGCGGAUAUGAUAUCUCUGAGAAGCUGGGAUGAGGAGCAAGUUCUUUCUGGUGGUCAUGGUCUUAUGGUGCAAGGUUACUAUCCACUAGUAAAAGCUAUGGCAAAGGACAUUGAUAUACGCUUAAAUCACAGAGUUAAAAGGAUUGCCAAUGGAUAUAACAAGGUGAUGGUUACAAUUGAAGAUGGCAGCAAUUUUGUUGCUGAUGCUGUAAUAGUAACAGUCCCUAUUGGGGUUCUGAAGGCCAACUUAAUUGCUUUUGAACCCAAGUUGCCCGAAUGGAAACUUGCUGCAAUAUCAGAUCUUGGUGUAGGGAAUGAAAAUAAGAUUGCACUACUGUUUGACAAAGUGUUCUGGCCAAAUGUGGAGCUACUAGGGAUUGCUGCACCUACUUCCUAUGCAUGUGGCUACUUUUUGAAUCUCCAUAAAGCAACAGGCAAUCCCGUCCUUGUUUACAUGGCAGCUGGAAGGUUUGCUUUUGACCUUGAGAAGCUUUCAGAUGAGGCUGCUGCUGAUUUUGUAAUGUUGCAGCUGAAGAGAAUGUUUCCUGAUGCAACAAAGCCGGUCAAGUAUCUAGUGUCACGCUGGGGAUCUGAUCCAGACUCUCUCGGAUGCUACUCUUAUGAUUUGGUUGGAAACCCAGAGGACAUAUAUGACAAGCUCCGAGCACCAGUGGGCAAUAUUUACUUCGGAGGUGAGGCUGUUAGCGUGGAUCAUCAGGGAUCUGUUCAUGGUGCCUACUCAGCCGGAGUCAUGGCUGCAGAAAAUUGUCGCAAACAUCUUAUGGAGCGACUUGGAAGCGGGGACAAGAUUCAGCUCGUCUCUUGCAGGGAGGAAAUUCUUGAAGCAACUGUUCCUCUCCAGAUAUCAAGAAUGUGAAUCUUCAUGGUAGUAGAUUUCACUUAAAUCUAUUUAGGAUGCAAGUAACUGCAUCCAACUGUAUUGUUCCAAUCCAAUGAAAACGACGUUGUUUACUUUUCGGGAUAUCUUUUCAAUAUCAACUAAUAUUCUUCCGGGUGCAAUCUGAUGCCUGAAAGAUCUUGAGCUGAAUUCAUUAUUGGUUAUUCUAAUUUAUGCAUGAAUGAAUUUUCGACCAGUUGUUCCGAUGA